AAACAGGUUUGAGCUGGGAAGACAUAAACACAUAAUAUUUGAAUAUAAUAUCGUGGCAUUUGAUAGACUUUAAUAAUGUGAAAUUAUAGGCAUGCACAAAAUUACAUUAAAAAAUGUGUGCGUGUAUAUAUAUAUAUUUGUCUCACAACAACGCAUGCGCGUAAGCAGGUAUGAAACAAGUUGUCACGUAUGAGAACUCUCUCCUGUAAAACACACACGUGUGGGAAGACGAAACAUGGAUAGCGUGAUUCACAGUUUCAUACAGACGCCUCUAGGCAUAUUUUCAAACGUGUGGAAAGGGAAAUAACAAGGAGCAUUCGCCUCUAAUUAUAUAUUUCCCGGACUUUCCACAUUUCCAAAAGUAAAUUCAGAGCAUUUUUAUGGAUCUAAGCGUUUGGGAAAAGUCGCGAAGUGGCGUACUUUGUUCUUUUUGAAUAACAGCGACUUAUCAACGGAGAACAAAAACAGAAGAGAGGUGCUAUUAGUCAGACUGUGACACAUGGCUCUCACAUGGCCAGGAGAAAGAGUCAGCGAGGGAGUUUCCCUCAGCUCUUGAAGAGCAAAUGACGGAAGGAAUAAGUAGCGCAUGAUUGUUGAAAAUAGCCCCACUCGGAAAACAGGGACCAGAGAGCCAACGCCGUCAUUCACAAAGAAGAGAAACGGAUUCAUUGCCAGAGGAGUUGAAAUCUCGCUGUGUUUCUGAAGAUGCAGGGUGACCCCGUCUACGACUAUCCUGACGCUCAGCCCGUGGGGGAGAGACGGACAUGUCAGCAGAGAGGCUCCCUGAGGAGCAUCAGUGUACUGGACCGGCUCUUGUUGACGCACCCCGUGUGGCUCCAGCUCUCCAUUAACUCAGCUACAGCUCUUCACAUCCUGCGGCGUGAGCCCCCCGGGACCUUCCUGGUGCGCAAGUCCAGCACAUCGCAGAAAAAAAUGCUGUGCGUCCGGCUGGCAGAUGACAGCAUGCCGUCCUUCUUCAAACAGGUCGUCAUCCGAGAAGAAGACUCAGCAUUUUCUUUGGAAAGCUCUGCUAUUAGUUUCCCAGACCUGUGCAGACUCAUUGCCUUCUACUGCGUGAGUCGGGAUGUUCUCCCUUUUACUCUAGAGCUGCCUGAAGCAAUUGCCAAGGCUUCUUCACACAAACAGUUGGAGUCAAUCUCUCAUAUGGGUGUGGAGUUCUGGAGUUCCCACUUAAAUGUCCGGGGUCCUCGCAGUGAGCCUCCUCCUGCCACUGACAAACUCUUGCCUCCAAGUUUAAGCCCACAAGACUUAUCGCCCAUCAAUCCAAACCCCACCAACCCAAACCCCACCCCGUUCCAGGUGCUUUGUCCAAUCCAAACACGGAGUCCCUUCGAGCUAGAUUACGGGGGAGGCAAAGGUUUAUGUUUUGUCAACCCUCUUUUCCUACAAGAAUACCCAGGUCGCACUGCCAUGCGCAGGCGGCAUCAUUUCAAAACCAGCAUCAAAGUUCGUGUUUCAACUGAAAAUUCCAGCCCCUUAUCGCCCCCUGUCCUCCCACCACCUCCACCGCCGUUACUGGCUAAAGCCAAAUGCAAAGCCAGAUUGAAAGCUCUUGUACCACCUGUUGUAGUUCAGGCCAGUGAAGAAGCUAUCAAAAACACUGUGGAGGAAGCCACGGACUACAUGCAACCUUGUGUAUCAUCACAGAGAAAAGCCAAGGUGACCUCUACUCUUUCUCCCACCGCUGAAGAAGAUGACUAUCAGAUGCCUAAAGCUCUUCAGAAGGCCCAGCCAAAAAUCCUGGAGCAGAAAGGACAGGAAGAAGAUGAGGAGGAAGAGGAGGAAGCACUCGUGCUGGAACAGCGUCAUGCCCCGUCUCUCAGUGAGCUGGACAGCAGCAGUUCCCUCAGCAGCCUCGACGAGUCGGAGGAGAGUCCCGAACGUCCUCCCCUCGUACGAGGCACUAGCAACCCCGUCAUGCCGCCUCCCAGGAAGUCCAUGUCUGCUCUACGCAAAAUGAGCGCUGCCUUCAUAUCCUUUUUUGCCCCAGAGAAGCGGGUGGCGCGGAUGGUGGAGGACCUGUCUCGGGACCGUCGCAUGGCAUUUGGCGCUCUGGUUCAGGACUUCCUGAGGCAGCAGAGAGAGGCGCUGAAGCCCCAUUGCUUGACCUCCGCUGUACAGCUGCUGCAGGAUUUGCGUCUCUUUAUAAAUCAGGCCAAAGCCUUCCUUCUGGAGUGUGGAGAGCUGGAACCUCCAAUAGAAACUCUUCUGACUGAGAAUGAAAAAGACCAAGCACUGGAGAAGGCCAUGUUCCGCUGCGUGCUGAAGCCUCUGAAGCCUCAGAUUGACGCGGCUCUUCGGACCCUGCACAAACAAGAUGGUUCCUUCCAGAGAAUGAUGGACAGCUUGCAAAGAGCCAAAGGAGCCUCACCGCAGAAGCUAUUUGGGGUUCAAGUGGGCGUUCCCGACGCCCAAGGAAUUGAGAAAAUUAAGCACAAGCUGACUCUAAUGCAGCGGGCGUACUCGCCCAUUGACAAAGUGCUGCUGGUCUUGCAGAUCUGCAAACUCAUUUACAAAGCCAUGAAAAAUAAAUCAGCACAGGAAUUCGGCGCAGAUGACUUCCUCCCUGCUCUUUCGUAUGUGAUGGUCCUGUGCAAUAUGCCAGAGAUCUCUCUGGAGGUGGAGUAUAUGAUGGAGCUUUUGGAAAGCUCUUGGCUUACAGGAGAAGGGGGUUACUAUCUGACUAGUGUCUACGCCAGUCUGAGCCUGAUUCAGAGUCAACCGGAGGAUGUGCCACCAAACGGUCUUACAAACCAGGCCAGAGAGUCUCUAAAAGAAUGGAGCCGGCGUCGCAGCAAUGAAACCACAAGUCAGAAAGACAACAAACUGCACCAGAGGUUUGUAAAGGUGCUGUUUCAAGAUGGUGACAGUAGCUUGGUAAAAACUCUCAUGUGGAAGACUGCGCUCAACGGUGAGGCUAUGGCUCAGCUUUGUGCUGUGAAGUUUGGAGUGGACCGGCCGGAGGAUUACAGCCUGUACUGGAGGAAAGACGGGGCGUUAACACCUCUCCCGCCUGACGCCCAGAUUCAAGACCUGCAGAGCAUGGGCAUGAGUGGGGUUCCUCUUAUUUACCAGGCGUCCAGUCAGGACGAAAAGUCCCAGAAGCUGAACAGAGGGAGCGCCGUGGAUCUAACGGAGACCGUUACAUAAUAUGGGACUUUUUCAGAUGUCACACAUUGCCACCAUGAGAAGUGAUUUCCACUGAAUUCAUUUAAUGUUGACUUUAAGUUUAGAUUACACCUCUAAUAAACAGCUUGUUUUUUGGCACCCAUUGAACAUUUUUUCAUUACUUAAUAUGUUCUUAAUAGUAAAAAGUUUUAGUUUUUAAAAAUGUUCUUUACCCACUAAGAAAAAAAGUUUUUUUUUUCUUUGGGCAACCAAGAAUUUUUCUAAGGCGUUGCUGCAAGACCCUUUUUGGAUGUUGUGAGAUGCUAAAUAAACGUGUUUAGUGUCAGUUGCUGGUAAUUAUUGAUUGUGUUUAGCUGGUGCUGUGUGAUUUUUCAGUGGGCUAAAUUAUUAAGCAUUUGCCUGUUAUAUAAAUGUCUAAUAUUCUUAUAGGUUGGUUAUUAAUGACUGGAUUCAUUACUCCAACUCUCAGUUCUCAUAUUGUUGUCGUUUUCAUUUUAGUAUUUUCUAAUGUAAAGUGUACGAGUAAUUAACCAAUUAUGGAAAUAUCUCAUUUAUGAGAUGGUCAGUAUUGAGAUAUUUUGUCUUAUUGUUCCUCUUGUGUCAUGAUAAUAUUUAUAUGAAAAGGCAUUGCACAAACGUUUUGGUAUUCUGAAAAUAAAAUACAAUAAAACAC